AUGGUUCAUAAAUGUAAUAUAGAUGCUGCCUUUUCAUCCUUGAAUAAUAGAGUUGGCAUUGGUGUUUGUAUUAGAGAUGAAGAUGGUGCUUAUGUAUUGGCUAAAUAUGAACAAUUUACACUUUUAUGUGAUGUCAAGAUUGGUGAAGCGCUGGGAUUACUCUCAGCUCGCAAUUGGGUGCAUGAUUUGAAUCUAGGACCUGUUGAAUUUGAGCUUGAUUCGAAGGUUGUGGUGGACAAGUUCCACUCUAACAAGGGUGAUGAUACUGAGCUAGGAGAAAUAGUUUCACAUUGUAGAAGACUUUUUUUUUCUCAUUAUAACAACUCUAGUGUGGAGUUUAUUAGGAGACAAGCAAAUGAUGUUGCUCAUAGUUUAGCUAAAGCGGCCACAUAUGUAGCUAGUCCCCAAAUUUGA